AUGAGCUCUGCGAGCGACUCAUUCUCAACAAACUCUUCCGCCGAACAGAGAAAUGAUGACGCCUUGCCCGCUGAUUCGGAGUCGAAUCAAUCCGAAGGUGUCCUUGCAAACGUGAAGGAACAACUCAACUCCGUUACGGGUGGCCGAUCCAUAUCUGAAAUCGGCAGUGAAGUCUCAUCCAUUGCUGGCGAAAAAGUUCAAGGCGCGAAGGAAACUGUUCUCCCCGUUGCGGAAGAGGCAAUUCACACCGUACAAGCGCAAGUACGAUAUUUGGCCGGUGGUGUGGAUACAAAUGACGGCAAUGGUACAGAUACACAAGGCUUGGUUUUUGCUCUGAAGAAAUUAGUCUCAUAUUGCUAA